CUAUUUGUCGGAUGCUCUCUAGAAAGAAACUGUUUUUUUUUCCUCUAAAAAGUUGGCAGCACUGACUUAAACUUCACAGGCAGCAAGCAAAAAAAAAAAGAUUUUGCAAUUUUCAGAAACUGAAUAAAUGUUGAUGUAGCUAGACAUAAAAUAAAGAUUGCAAUGGGCUACGAUGUCAAUCGCUUUCAAGGCGAGGUGGACGAGGAGCUCACAUGCCCGAUUUGUUCCGGUGUGCUGGAAGAUCCGCUUCAGGCGGUCAUGUGCGAGCAUGCCUUCUGUCGCGGCUGCAUCAAUGAGUGGCUAUCGCGGCAACCCACAUGUCCAGUGGAUCGAAAUGCACUAACAACAGCCAAUUUGAGAGCAGUGCCUCGCAUAUUGCGCAACUUGCUGUCCAGGCUGUCGAUUACCUGCGACAAUGCGCCCUAUGGGUGCACAGCUGUGCUUAAAUUGGAUGCUUACAAUUCACAUUUGGAGGAGUGCGUACACAAUCCAAAGCGUCCGUUUCCAUGUGAGAAGGGCUGUGGCUUUGAUAUACCGAAGGACGAGCUGAAGGAUCACAAUUGUGUGCGGGAGCUGCGCACAUUGAUUGUCAAGCAAACGGAGAAAAUGGGACAACUGAAGACGGAGCUUAAUGAUCAACAGCUGACCAUUAACGAGUUGAAGCGGGAGUUGCAACUCUUUAAGGAUUUUAUGCGAGCAAUGCGCGUGUCUAACCCGGCCAUGCGCGCCAUUGCUGAUCAAAUGGAGCGGGACGAGGUUAUACGCUGGAGCAGCGCCCUGGCUAGAGCGCGUGUAACACGCUGGGGCGGCAUGAUCUCCACACCCGACGAUGCGCUGCAGCUUAUGAUUAAGCGUGCAUUGUCGGAAUCGGGUUGCCCGCCUCACAUUCUGGAUAGCCUGAUGGAGAACUGUCACGAGCGACGUUGGCCACGCGGCUUGAGUUCGCUGGAAACGCGUCAGAACAAUCGGCGGAUCUAUGAUAAUUACAUCUGUCGGCGCAUACCAGGCUUUGUCAUUGCAGGCAAACAGGCGGUGCUUGUGCUAAGCUGUGACAACGUCCACAUGACUGAGGAUGUUAUGGUCGAACCAGGUCUGGUUAUGAUCUUUGCGCAUGGCAUCGAAUAGCUCUCGAAGAAGCAGCAACAAUAGCAGCAGGAGCAGCUAAACCAGCUACAUUCAACUACAUAAUUAGAAACUAAAUACUACAUGUAUAUCAAACAGUGCUCAGUUUUGUUGUUUCCUUGACCUAAUGCAUAAGUCUUAAGCAUAAUAUAAUAACACAAUUCUCAUAUAAAUCAUGUAAUCAUUAAGAUACUCUCGAAAUCAUCUGAAACGGGGAAAAAACAAACAAACCAUUCAAGCGCCUCAUGACAACUUUCAAGUUGUAGCAAACAAAUUUAUACUACAAUUAUUAUUUCUAUUUAAGUACAUUCAUCAUGUAUGUGCAUAUUCCAUUUACAUUCAUGUAAACAUAGCAAACAUAAAAUAUUUGUAAAAUUAAGAGAUCUCAGCAAACUAAUUUUUGUUAAUUUUCACUUUAAAUUUCGGUCGAUGCAUAGAAUUUGUAUCUAUAUUCAAUCA